GCUCGCUCUUCCUUUGCAGACACGUGCGCAACGGGGCGGUGAUUGCACGCUGCAGCCAGCCUGAAAUCAGCUGGUGGGGCUGGCGAAAUGCUGACGACGAGUAUCUUGUGACAUCUAUUGCCAAAGCCUGUGCCUUGAACCCUGGAGUAAAGGUACCCGGUGGCAUGCCACACAACGGGAGCAGCGACGGCAGCGAAGCCUGUGAUGCUGACUUUGAUUCGUCCCUGACCGCGUGUUCCGGCGUGGAGAACACAGGAACUCCUCAGAAGCUGCUGAUUCUUGAUGCCAGGUCCUACACUGCAGCUGUGGCCAACAGAGCAAAGGGAGGCGGCUGCGAAUGUGAAGAGUAUUACCCAAACUGUGAAGUCGUGUUCAUGGGCAUGGCCAACAUCCACUCCAUCCGGAACAGUUUCCAGUAUCUGCGUGCUGUCUGCAGUCAGGUGCCAGACCCCAGCAACUGGCUUUCAGCCCUGGAGAGUACCAAGUGGCUGCAGCACCUUUCUGUCAUGCUGAAGGCAGCAGUGCUGGUCUCCGGUGCAGUUGACAGAGAAGGACGUCCAGUGCUGGUUCAUUGCUCAGACGGCUGGGACAGGACUCCGCAGAUUGUAGCACUGGCAAAGAUUCUUCUGGACCCUUACUACAGGACCAUGGAGGGCUUCCAGGUGCUUGUUGAAUCAGAUUGGCUGGAUUUUGGUCACAAGUUUGGCGAUCGCUGUGGUCAUCAGGAGAAGGUGGAAGAUCAGAAUGAGCAGUGCCCAGUUUUUCUCCAGUGGCUGGAUGCUGUUCAUCAGCUUCUGAAGCAAUUUCCUUGCCUCUUUGAAUUUAACGAAGCUUUUUUGGUGAAGCUGGUGCAGCACACCUAUUCCUGCCUCUAUGGGACCUUCCUUGGGAAUAGCCCCUGCGAGCGAGAGAUGCACAACAUCUACAAGCGUACCUGCUCCGUGUGGUCCCUCCUGCGGGCUGGCAAUAAGAACUUCCACAAUCUUCUCUAUAUGCCAGGGUCUGAGCAGGUGCUGCAUCCGGUGUGCCACGUGCGAGCACUGCACGUCUGGACAGCAGUGUAUCUCCCAGCUUCCUCACCACAUCCUCUAGGACAGGAUGAUAUGGACAUUUACCUGCCCCCUGGAUCUCAGAGCCAGGAGUUCAGUGGCAGAUGUUUGGACAGAUUACCAAAGACAAGAUCUAUGGAUGACCUUCUCUCAGCCUGCGACUCCAGCAGCCCGCUGACCCGCACAUCUAGUGAUCCCAACCUGAAUAACCACUGUCAGGAGGUCCGGAUGAGCCUGGAAGCCCGGCUUGCCACCGCUGAGGGAGCCGAGCCGCACUCGGGCGAAGGCAGUGCGGCAGCUACAGGAGAGGCACGACGGGUGGAGGAGCACGAGGAAAACGCUCCCCUGCAAGCCAACAACGCUUGUAGCAGCCAUGCUGAGCACGCAGGGCAUAGCAAGCAACUGAGCAGCUGGGCUUCCGUGCCAGCAAGCAGUGUGUCUCUGGAGGCAGAAAAGGGAAACGGAACAUACACAGAGGAACUGGAUGGCCCAUGUCCAGCUCCAAAUCCCUCCAGACAGGAAAAUGUUGACAGGGUUUCCACCAGUUCCAGAAACCAGUUAGAAACCUGUCCCCAGGAACCUUUGAAGGCUCCUGGCAUGGUGUCCAAUGGAGGAGGCUGCCCCAAGAGAUACACCACCUGCCAAGACAUUCCCAGCCAGGAGUCACUGGCACCGAGUGCCCCUUGUCAGGACAUCCCCGGCCCUGUUCCAGGCGUCCCUUGCACGGACGAAGACAACAGCAAAGGUGAUGCUGGAAGGAGUGUGCCCUGUGAGGAGCCUGGCCAGCUGGGGAAAGUCCCACUAGAGCAAUGGCGCAAGCCCAUUUCCCAGAGCCAAAGCAGCGAGUUCUCCUUCCUGGGGUCCAACUGGGACAGUUUUCAAGGAAUGGUGACAUCGCUCCCCAGUGGGGAGCCCACACCCAGACACCUCCUCUCCUAUGGCUGCUGUAGCAAGAGGUUGGGCAGCAAACCGCUGCGGGCACCAGGCCUGUGCCUCAGUGGCCAGUGGUCUGCCAGAGAAGGUGCGAAAUCCUCAGCCUGCUCUGGCCACAUCAGCACGCAUUUCGCAGGCCUUGCAGGGAAGCCUGGCCGUUCGUGGCUACCCUGCCACCUGAAGCAAGCGUCUGGUCCCAAGCACAUGCUGCCAAAAUGUCCUUCUCCGGUGCCUCCUCUCUACUUGGACGAUGACGGGCUCCCCUUCCCCACGGAUGUGAUUCAGCACAGGCUGCGGCAGAUCGAGGCCAGCUACAAGCAGGAGGUGGAGCAGCUGCGCAGGCAAGUGCGAGAGCUGCAGCUGCGCCUGGACAUCCGCCACUUCUGCACUCCUCCGGCUGAGCCUCCGAUGGACUACGAGGAUGACUUUACAUGUUUGAAGGAAUCGGACGGCAGCGACACUGAGGACUUCUGUUCUGAUCACAGUGAAGACUGUUUGUCAGAAGCAAGCUGGGAGCCUGUUGAUAAGAAGGAGACUGAGGUCACGCGGUGGGUUCCAGACCACAUGGCCUCACAUUGUUUUAACUGCGAUUGUGAAUUCUGGCUGGCCAAACGGAGGCAUCACUGCAGGAACUGCGGGAACGUGUUUUGUGCUGGUUGCUGCCAUCUGAAGUUGCCCAUCCCUGAUCAGCAGUUGUAUGACCCUGUCCUCGUUUGUAACUCCUGUUAUGACCACAUCCAAGUGUCUCGUGCCAGGGAGCUCAUGAGCCAACAUCUGAAGAAACCCAUCGCCACAGCUUCCAGCUGAAUGCCAGACAAAGGGACCUGUCUAAGCCCAGCCUUUUCUCUCAUGGGUUUGAAGGGUGACUCUGCCUCCACUGUAAUUGUGAAGGCCUUUGGUGCAACACUUGAACACCAAGCUUGAAUGCCCUGCCUUCAGCAGUCUUACUAUCAGUCUGGAGCAAAGGAGCUCAGAUUAGAGAGUAUGGUAUGUGUCCCUGCUCUGGUACCGGUGGGCCCCUACAUUGUAGUCUGACAACCUAGGGCUGAAGAGGGGAUUGCAACCUCUUUCUUUUGUGGGCUGGAAAGCAAUGUUUUCACAGAUAUUGCCUGUGCAAAGUACCCCCAAAGCAAUAGAAAGGCAUGUUUAGAACCAACUCCCCCUACAAAGGCAGGCUGCUGCACGAGAAGGAAGAGGGCAGGCUCCAGGUGGUACUGUGUGCUUUUGAAGGGCCUCCCCCUGGAGCAGUUCUGUAGAUUCUCUUUCCAUGAGUGUG